GGCGUGGGGCAGUGGCGGCGCGGUCCAUUGAGGCCCGCGGCGCAAGUGCGGCGAGUGACGCGCGCCGCUCUCGCGCACGCGCUCGACUAUCGAGCGGCAUGGCCCUCUCGCAGCCGGCCGACCGCUCCGCCCGACCGAUUCACACUUUUUUAUUUUCCCACCGAACGUAACCACCGCUGUGACAUCCCCAUUUUCACACAAAAGCCCGCUCUAAACGCGAACGCGACAGCCCGAACCGGCGGGCCUCACCGCCAUCUCCGCUUUUCGAACGAUCCCCGUCGACACCAAAAUGGCAGGACGAAGGGUCCGGGGCCGCGCGCGAGUCCGCCUCUGACCGAGCGAUGUGGUUCCUCAGUGUCUCGUUAUAUAAAUGUUACGCAAGUUGAGCUCGGAGUGGGCACGACGAGGUGCAUCUGUUGUUACACGAACUAAGUCCCGUGCUGUGCCGGAGCCCAUGUAACCCGCGCCACCACGCCACUGCACGAAAAUGAGCGGGUACGGCACAGGCAUGUCGGGCGGCGGCGACACUGACGCGCUUGCGCGGCGCUUGCGGGACGCGGAACGCCAACGCGCGGACGCGGAGCGCGCACACGCGGACGCGUUAGCGCAGCUCCGCGCGGCUCAGCGGUCGCCGGUAGACCAGCACAAUGUGGAGCAGCUGCAGUCUAGGGCUAGGGAGUUGGAGAAGAAGGCGGCACUAGAAACAGUUCGAUGCGAAGAGCUGCAACUAGAGUUAUCGGCGGCGUUGCGCGCGCGCGGGCAGGGCGGAGUCACCACGUGGUCCACCCAGUCCGCGCAGCCCGCCUCCGAGAUCGAGAGGAUCAUGGCCAAGAUCGAGCAGGACAACCGCAUCCUCGCCGAACUCGAGCACACGAGAUCCACUACACAUGACUAUAUGUUCGCAGGUAUCCAAUCAAGCGGGUCAAACCAGGCGCUGGGCGACUACCACUCGCCGACACCGUCGCCGCUGCCGCACUCGUACACAAGCACGGCGGGCCACGUGGCCAUCUGUCAGAGCAGCACCAUGCCCACGCUGUCCUCGCUGCACGCCACCGGCCAGUUCACCGCCCCCAGCUCCAACUCCGUGGCCUACUCCAUGAGCGCGCACAACCCCACCUCGUACUCCAACCCAGUGUCCGCCUACUCCAACACAUACGGCCUCCCCAACACACACCAAGUCACCUUCACGAACCCAGUCACCGCGCCACUCGUCAACAACAUCGGACAAAUCUCCAGCACACUAGCCGGCUUGCAGAGCAACCUUCAGAACUUAACCGGCAACGUGUCCUCCCUGAACCUCGGCUCAGGCAUGAACCCCGGCAUGACAGGGACAAUAGCUGGCACCGGACUCACAAGCUGCUUGAACAAUGCGCAAACCAAUCUAUCCGGCGGACUCACGAACACGCUGGGAGGAUUACAGUCGACUCUAACAAGCGGGUUAGGCAACGCCCUCUCGAACUUGACUGGAACGCAACUCGCAGGGCUAAACACAAGUUUAGGUGGCACAAGCGCUUACGGAACUGGGACGGGGACGUACACUAAUCCCCUUCUCUCCGGCGGACUCGGAACAAAUCCUAUGAAUAUAAAACUUAAACCUCUAGAUGAAAUAGACCUUGGUCUCGGUAGAUAUGGAAACACGGCGGGAGUGGGGCGGGUGGCCACGCCGGUCACGCCGCACCAGCCCUCGUGGAAUUUAGGAUUAGAUAACCAAUUCGGAACUGAUAGACUAGGGGGUUUAGACUCGGGAUUCAGCCACGAUCGGAACCAAAGAGCUAUAGCGCGGAUUAUGCCUAAUACCGGCUUGGAAAUGGAAGUUCGUAAUUCGUCUCAUUAUAUGAACGGCUCCUCGGACAUGGUGGACAUGCUGGACAUACCGGGGAAGGGUCGUUGUUGUGUGUACAUCGCGCGCUUCUCAUACGACCCCCCUGAGGUUGAAACUGCUGAAGGGGAGCUGUCAAUAAGUGCUGGCGAUUAUUUAUUGGUAUGGGGUCCGCCAGAUCCCAAUGCGUCCAUGCUUGACGCUGAACUGUUAGAUGGGCGCCGUGGACUCGUGCCAGCAAAUUUCGUUCAAAGACUGGUCGGUGACGAUCUUUUAGAAUUCCAUCAGGUCCCUCUUUGCCCUCAGGCGAUAAUCUCAACCCUGAGAGACGUGGAUGAGGCUACAACUGCGAUAAGUGAAUUGUCUCUCAGUCGAGACGUCGCUCGCUUAAGCGAAGUCGCUGAACUAAGUGAAGGCCCAGAAGAUGACGACAAUGCCGAGCUGUUUUUCUCGUCGCUAGUGCCGGCGCCGCGGCAGCUCACCCUCGAGAGACAGCUCAACAAGUCCGUGCUCAUCGGCUGGACUGCCCCCGAAGGCGUGCAGCAAGCCAACAUCGAGAGCUACCACGUUUACGUCGACGGAGUCCUCAAAACUACCGUCAAGGCUUCAGAACGCACACGAGCACUCGUUGAAGGAGUCGACUCCAAUCGGCCGCAUCGCAUCAGCGUGCGGUCGGUGACAGUGACGCGGCGCACAUCGAGGGACGCGGCUUGUACAAUGGUCAUCGGCAGAGACACGGCCAACAUGGGCCCCACUUGUGUCCGAGCGAGCGGCGUGACGUGCUCCCAGGCAGUCAUCUCCUGGCUGCCGGCCAACUCUAACCACCAGCACGUCGUCUGCGUAAACAAUGUUGAAGUUCGAACAGUGAAGCCAGGAGUGUACCGCCACACAAUUACAGGUUUAUCACCUAGCACUCAGUAUCGGGUAACUGUAAGGGCUAAGCACUUAAGAGCUGGUCCGCCACAAUCAGGGAUUCCAAUCGAAGAAGCUCCUGGGGCUUACACAGACUUCAGGACGCUGCCCAAGGGACUGCCAGAUCCACCGAACGAAAUAAUGGUGGAAGCGGGACCUCAGGACGGGACCUUGCUGGUGACUUGGCAGCCAGUCCUGCGUCCGCCCGCCUCGGGCCCGGUCACUGGGUACGCUGUGUACGCCGAUGGCAAGAAGGUGACCGACGUGGAUUCUCCAACCGGUGACCACGCUCUCAUCGACAUUGGCAAACUGAUCGGCCUCAAUCCUAAAUGUGUCACCGUACGUACAAAGUCUCGGGACAGUCAGUCCAGCGACAGCGCGCCGACGCCGAUUCCGCCGGCAGUGCUGCGUGGCGUAGCGACUCGGAUGCCGCGCGGCCCGGGCCCGGGGCCGGGGCCCAAUCAGCAGGUGCCCGGAGGGUACCGAGGGGGCCCGGUACAGCGCCCCCAGCCCUACCAACACCACCAGCAAGUCAUUGAGCACGAUGAGAACCUCUCUGACAAGGAGAUAUUCCCCACAGUAAACCGCCACGACCAGCACGCUGCUCAGCCUACGAGUGGAUUCGGCACAGGCCUCCUAAAGAGUAUAUUCGACAAAAUAACCCCUUCGCAAUCGGGGAUACCGGCCAUCGAAAUCACUAAAGAGAGCGCGACGGAGCUGGGUAGCGAAGACGAGGAGGCGACGCGCCGCCGCCCGCAGCAGCAACCGUCCCAACCAACGCAAGCGUCGCAGCAGCCUUCGGGUCAGCCGUACCCGAGUACACAAGCCUACCAUGGCACGCAGCAACCCCAAUAUCCACCAGCCGGCCAGUUCCAAAGUAACCAGGCCUACCCCGGGGCGGGCGGAGUCCCGGGCGCGCCCUACCAGAACCCGCCCCCCCGGAACCACCACGAGCGCGGCCGCCCCCCUAACCCGCACCAAGUCGGACACCACAACGAGCAGCAGCAGCAACAGCAACAACAGCAACAACAACAGCAGCAGCAGAGCCAGCAAGGCAGUAGUAUGCAGUAUACGGCCCGCGGGGGCCCACCCGCAGGCCCCCGCGGGCCCCAGCCUGGCGCCAGGCACGCGCAGGCCCACCCUCAGUCCAAGAGAAGCCGUUACUUCAUCGCCCUGUUUGACUACGAUCCUCAAACUAUGAGCCCGAACCCUGAUAGUUGUGAUGAAGAGUUACCAUUCAGUGAAGGAGAUACUAUCAAGGUUUGGGGAGACAAGGAUGGCGACGGCUUCUAUUGGGGCGAGUGUCGGGGUCGCCGCGGCUACGUACCCCACAACAUGGUGAUGGAAGUCUCGGAGCAAGAGGUCACAGGCCAGCCGCCCAAGCGGGGAGACCGCUGGGCCGAUGCCUACGCCAACCAGCCAGUCAGACGCAUGGUCGCUUUGUACGACUACGACCCACAAGAGCUCAGCCCUAACGUCGAUGCCGAUAAACUUUUGCAGGCUGAGCUGAGCUUCCAAACGGGUCAGAUCAUUCACGUGUACGGAGACAUGGAUGACGAUGGCUUCUACAUGGCUGAGAUCGAUGGCGUCCGUGGUCUUGUGCCGAGCAACUUCCUCGCCGAUGCUAAUGACCAGUACGGCGCAGCUGGACAGAGCAAUCAAGGGGUCGCGGGCAUGUCGGCAGCGGGUGUUGGCGCGGGUCGCGGGGCGGGACGAGGCCGGGGCGCAGGACCGUUGCCCGGGCUCGGAGCCCGAGGGCCUCCGCCUCCGCCGCGUGAGAACGUGGCGCAUCACCCGCAGCACCAGCAACACCCGCAGCAUGCUGGACAGCCCCAGCAGCGCAAUCACCAUCGCCGGGCAGAUGCCUGCCCUCCUUCCUCUAUGUUAGACCACAACACAUGCGCCAGUAAUCCAGAACAGGCGAAUUCUCAGCAUGAUACACAGAGUGACUUAGGUAUUGAUGCGAGGGGGAGAGGCGCGGCGAGCGCGGCGCCGAGCACGAUCGCGCGCACGAGCGCUGGUAACGCCGGCACGCCCACGGCGCAGUCGCCCGGCGCGCCCGCGCCCGCGCCCGCGCCGGCGCCCGCGCCCGCCUCGCCCGCGCGCCGCGCUGGCCCUGCCGUCGUGCCCGCGCCCAACGUGCAGCCGCCCGCCACCUCCACGCCCGCCACGCAGCCAAACCUCAUGCAGAAGUUCUCAGAGAUGACGGCGCCAGGCGGGGACAUCCUGAGCAAGGGCAAGGAACUCAUCUUCAUGAAGUUCGGCCUCGGCGGCAAAUAAUGUCGGCAGGGCGGGCGCGCGGGCGCGGCCUGGCCGCUGCCGUGUGUCGCCUGAUUCUGCUGCGGCUCGCUGUGGAACUCGGCUCCAUUGUAGAAAAUGUUCUCUUGUAGGCCGCUCGACGCGCCGGUACGCGGUACCGCACUUAGGAGAUGUUGUACAUAGUAAAAUUUCAAUAAACGCACAGUCUAGUGAAUAUUCGAGUAUUAGUGCUGUCUAAUCGCAUCCACGGAUGGAGUUGUACCACCCGACACCGGCUAGUCGUGUAUCCGAUGCUUUCAAUAUCUUGGACUCGCGUCCAUUUGUUAGGUUAGAUUAUGAUAUCGAGUGAAUUGUUUACACAUUAUUGGAUCUGCAUUAUUUAUUAUGUGUAGGAACAGUUCGUAAAGUUAUUAUAUUAUAUACCUAGUUAUUACUACACGAUCCUUAUGGCAUAGAAUUGUUGUGAUUUUCUACGUUACGUUUUUGAUCGCUAGCUGUGAGUUACCUGAAUGUAUCCUAAAUGAGUAGUUGAAACUUAAAUGUUUAUUUCACCAUACUUCAAUGUAAGAUCUAAUACAUUUUAUUAAUGUUAACAAUACAAAUGUAUAAUAAAUAAAUUUCAAAUAAUUCGAGCAAUAUUUCAAGCACCAGUAUGCUGCUGCGACCGUCCCAUUGACCAAAAAUCGAAUCAAAACUAUCUGUUAAUGAAUUUCUAUAAACGAAACUUUAACUUACCCAUAAUCCACUCAUGAUCAAAAUAUUACAUUGUGAAGACGACGAUCGGUUACCGCCGUUGAAGACAUCAUCAUGUCAACCAUAUAAAUAAGUCGUUCCCCUAUGUAAAAAUACAUACAUAUAAUAAAAUAAACGUUAUUUGUAUAUCUAAAUCCUGUUCAUUAAGUUAAAUAACUUAUAUAACAUACUAUACGACAGUUGAAUAGAUGUAAAUCUUGGGAAAAUGUAAGUAUAGGUGCUUACUGAGAUUUGCCGAAACCUGAUCGUAAUUUCCAACUGCUAAACACAAUAUACUUACAUGAUAAAGAUAUUUUAAAUAAGAAGUAAGCGCAUUAAAUUUAUAUGCUGGUUCUUUGAUUAUUCUCGAAAUAAUAAUAUUCUGUGAUAGUAGACGUGAUACCAUCUUAAUCAUUCUUAAUAUAAUACUUACUUACUAUACAGUACUGCGUCAUUCGUCACCUAACGUGUCUGAUCGUGAUCUAUUUGAUUCCUCUAUGAUGUGAAUGUUUCGUUAUCAAAGCGUUCUUCGCCAGCUUUUUUUCAUCAAGAUGAGCCAUAGAGUUUUAUGAAAAUGAUUUUAUUAACAAUAAAUCAACUCAUUAACUAAAGCAAUCUUUUUUGGAAAUAAUUUGGAUUCAGAAUCAACCUAAGCUUAUUUAUCAUUGGUAUUACAUACGGUUUUGAUAUGGAGUUUUUAAUAAAAACAAUAAUAGAAUUUGAAUAAAUUCUUAUCGUAAUCUGUUGGCGUGAGAAGCGACAUAUAACAACCAAGUUAGUGUCGUUUGCACCCUACAAAAGACUGCUUGCAUGAAAUAUUAUUACUUUUAGAAAAUAUAUAGAAUUCGUUAAAAUUAUUAUACUUCAUCGCAACACAAACGUGUUAGAUAAACCAAAAUAUUAUAGAAACGGUGAUCGUUUCAGACUUUUGAAUAAAUAAUUAUAUAAAAUGAUUGAUGAAACCAAUCGACCUGCCCUAUAUAUCGUAGGUACCUACGAGCGCAUACAUAGCGAUGUUGAAAGAUCUAAAUAAUAUAUAAAUGUUCUAAAGUUGUUGUUGUACAUAUUGGUCGGUAAGGUCGCUUGGAUGUAGGCUACUUGGACAUUGCUCACUCGUACAAGGGAUUCUCUUUAAGUCCUUUAUAUUGCUUCGUAUCUAUCCAAACAAGUUCUCGUUCUCAUGUAUUUCAACAUUUUCACGUAUAAAUCCAGAUUUAGCUUGCGAUUCCUAGUGUUAUUCACUCGUAAAGUAUAUAACCCCACAGUUAGUCCACUACGUAAUACUAUGUAUGUAUAUUAUAUCUGGUUGUACAUAAAUGCGUGCGCCCGCGUUCCCAUGUUUUAGCUAAGCACCGCUACAUAUCUACAUAAUAUAUUAUAUGUAUAACCCAUAUUUGAAGUUUUUCUAUCAUUAAUAAAGAAUAAUCUAGUGUUGUUUCCGACACGGUUCGAAGUUGUUCACUUGUUUAUAUAUUGUUAUAAAUCUGUAUUCAUAUCUUUUAUCACAUGUGUAACUAAAUGUAUGGUUAUUUAUACCUAUGAGAUAAUAUAAAUUAUGUAUAUUAAUCGUGCAUUCAUGUGUGCAUAAUUUAAUAUAAAGAGUUGUAUAUUACUUAUAUACUAAUGAAUUAUGGCAAAAUCUCUAACAAUGUACCAAUGAAAUAUGCUGGAAAAUAAAUAAUACGAAUGCCGCUUCUUUAU